AUGUUGAGUAGGGCGGUUGAAUUUGAGAAUGCAUUUACAAAUUAUGCUUCUCAUGAAAUUGGCUUGAGAUAUUAUCUUGAGAAUUCUUAUAUUGAAGUUGGCGGUACUGCUGUUGAAAUUUUGAGUAGUGAUUGGGUGCACGUGAGAAGGAUUACAAAAUUUCAUGAAAUCUUUUAUCUUCUUACUUUGAAAAUAUCUGGAUCACUUUAUGUUACAUCUAAUAUUCAUUUUCUUAAAAUUUGUGUUGUUGUUGUUUAUUUGAAUCAAUUGAUUGCAAGUGAAGAUACUGAUUUAAGUAAUAUGGCGAGGAAAAUGAAAGAAAAAUUUGAUAAGUACUGGGGUGAUCCAAUAAAAAUAAAUAAGAUAAUUUUUAUUUCAUGUGUUCUAGAUCCUCGUUACAAGCUUGAUUCAGUUGCCUAUGCACUUGUAAAGAUGUUUGGGGAAAAUCAAGGUUUAUCUUUAAAAGCAGCAGUAAAGGAAUACAUGAUUUUAUUAUUUAAUGAAUAUGUAAAAUCCAGUUCAAAAGGGCUUGGGGUUGCUGUAUCUUCACCUUGCUCUUUACUGGAGAUGUCUACUUUAGUGAUUUCUGGCAGUCAACUAAGUACCCAAGUUACAGGACCCUUAGAUUCACUCAUGCAAGAUCUAAAGCAGUAUAAAGUUGUGAAUGGAGGUGUACAUGCUAGAACAGAGUUAGAUAAAUAUUUUGAAGAAGAAACUGAAGAUGAUAUUGAAGAUUUUAACAUCCCGCCCUGGUGGAAAAUGAACGCAAUAAGAUUUCCUAUUCUUGCUAAGAUGGCUUGUGAUGUAUUAGAUGUUUCGGUUUCAAUGUGUCUUCAAGAUUGGCUUCGAAGUGAGCAGUUAAAACAACCUGUUAGUGUUGAGGAAAAUCUUGAUAAUCUCGAGAAAAUUGAAAAAGAUUUAGCUAGUGCAGCAAAAGACCCUACUGUAUUUGACGUGUAG